AAAAUAUGAGAUGCGGAGGCUAUUGGCAGAAUACUUAUCAAAAUCACUUACUCAUUAUUGUCACAUAUUUUAGCUGGCAAUUGAGUCUUUUUAAGACAAUUAUUGAAUCCCAGCUAGCAAAUAAGCCUACCAGCCCUUGUCCUUGUCAAAACUGCGGCAAGAAAAGACAUCGUUAUCACCAUGGCGGAUGCGGACCACCACGCGAAGACCCCGCCUGCUCAUGAGUCUUCUUGGGCCGGAGUAGAGGAUAAUGCUGACGACCCUGAGGAAGUGAGCGUCAUUUUCUCUGCUCUCGAUUCGUUCUCACAAUACGCAAAGAUUGCACACUUCAACGUAACCCAUCUCCGACGUCGGUCAUUCUAUGCUCUUCCUCAAGCUCACUGGCAGAUGCUUGCUGCGCCGCCUUUCAACUAUCUCAAGACUCUAGACGACACAGAUGCAGCCAUUGACUCCAAUGCAGAGCUCUCUCGAGCCAUUCUCAAAUCCGGUUUGCAGUCCUUCAGCCCAAUUCUGGAGUCGGAAGAUAGACCAACAAUACAGAUGCCCAAAGAAUGGGCUGGCAUCGCCAAGCACUCAGACAUAGACAAGGCCAGAAGCACUAUACGCCAGUUCUAUCGCGAUUGGACAGAAGCAGGUGUCAAAGAACGAGAGGUAUCAUACGGUCCCGUUCUAAAGGCACUGCAAGAGGAGCGAGCCAAGAGAGAAGAGGGCUCUGAGCUAUAUAAAGUUCUGGUACCCGGUGCCGGGUUGGGUCGUUUAGUAUUUGAUCUUUGUCAUGCUGGCUACGAUGUCGAAGGCAACGAGAUUUCUUACCAUCAGCUUCUCGCCUCGUCAUACAUCCUCAACGAAUGCCCCGCAGCAGGAACCCAUACAAUAUUCCCUUGGAUUCAUACGUUUUCGAAUCACUUGACACGAAGCAACCACCUACGCAGUUACAAAGUCCCUGAUAUUCACCCUGGCCAAACACUAGCCAGUGCUUCUGGUGUUGGAACGAUGGCCAUGUGCGCAGCCGAUUUCCUUUGUCUCUACGGCGAUGAGGAACAUGUCGAGCAAUACGACGCUGUAGCCACAGUCUUCUUCCUCGACACAGCCCCAAACUUAAUACGAUACCUGGAAGUCAUUAAGAGCUGUUUAAAACCCGGGGGUAUCCUCGUAAACGUUGGCCCACUACUGUGGCAUUUUGAAAACAAUGCACCUGGCAAUCACGGACAUGAUGACGACGGCGAUGGCGAACACGACCCCAACAACUCCUCAGGGAUCGCUGACCCGGGCAGCUUCGAGCUUGCCAAUGACGAGGUUCUCGCCUUGCUGGAAGCGAUGGGAUUCAAAGUGGAGUGGACGCAGGAUGGAAUUGCAGCUCCGUACAUUCAGGACAGCGAGAGCAUGUUGCAGACGGUAUACCAAGCGUCCGCAUGGGUUGCGCGCAAACAAUAA